GGGACCUGCCUGUAGCCGUUAUGGGGGUGGAGUCUGCCGCUGGGGGCGGGACCGGACUCUCGGUGGCCCCGCCCAGUCCCGAGGGGGCGGGGCCUGUUACUUAGGCAGCUUCGUGUCCGGCGCGUGGGGGCGGAGCCUGGUUCUCCACCUCCCUAGCCGCGGCUCGAAGGGGCGGGGCCUGCCGUAAGUCGCUCCGGGCCUCUAAAGGGAAGGUGGCGGGCGGUGGGGGCGGGGCCCGGCGCGCGGUCUCCCGGGGUUCCUCGGGGGCGGGGCCUGGAAGUCAUCACCUUCGUGGUGGCGGAGGAGAGCUGGGACCAGCGCUGCUGACUGACGGACUGACGGGCUGACGGACCGACGGAUGACCAUGGCUGUCUCCCUGCUGGUCCGCAGCUGCGGCCGGGUACGCCGAGCUCUCUGUUCCCGGGGCUGGAGGCAGCUGCACACCAUUUACCAAUCUGUAGAGCUGCCUGAGACACACCUAAUGCUUCGCCAAACCUGCCAGGAUUUUGCUGAGAAGGAACUGGCCCCUGUUGCUGGACAGCUGGAUAAGGAGCACUGCUUCCCUGGUGCUCAGAUAAAGAAGAUGGGGAAGCUGGGGCUCCUGGCCAUGGAUGUGCCUGAGGAAUUCAGUGGCGCUGGGCUUGACUACUUGGCCUAUGCUAUUGCUUUGGAGGAGAUCAGUCGGGGCUGUGCAUCGACAGGAGUCAUCAUGAGUGUCAACAAUUCUCUCUAUUUAGGGCCGAUCCUUAAGUACGGAUCCAAGGAACAGAAGCAGCAGUGGAUCUCACCCUUUACCAGUGGUGACAAAAUUGGCUGCUUUGCUCUCAGUGAACCAGGGAAUGGCAGUGAUGCUGGGGCCGCUUCCACCUCUGCAAGACUGGAGGGGGAUUCUUGGGUUCUGAAUGGCACCAAAGCCUGGAUCACCAAUGCCUGGGAAGCCUCAGCUGCCGUGGUCUUUGCCACCACUGAUAAGCCCUUGAAACACAAGGGCAUUACGGCCUUCCUGGUUCCUAUGCCGACGCCCGGGCUUUCCCUGGGGAAGAAGGAAGACAAGCUGGGCAUCCGAGCCUCCUCCACGGCCAACCUCAUCUUUGAGGACUGUCACAUUCCCAAGGAAAACAUGCUGGGCGAGAUGGGCAUGGGUUUCAAGAUUGCCAUGCAAACCCUGGACAUGGGCCGGAUCGGCAUCGCCGCCCAGGCCCUCGGCAUUGCCCAAGCUUCUUUGGACUGUGCCGUGGACUAUGCAGAGAAACGUGUGGCCUUUGGCUCCCCUCUCACCAAGCUCCAGAACAUCCAGUUCAAGUUGGCAGAUAUGGCCCUGGCCCUGGAGAGUGCCCGACUACUGACCUGGCGGGCUGCCAUGCUCAAGGAUAAUCGAAAGCCCUUCAGCAAGGAGUCUGCGAUGGCCAAAUUGGCAGCAUCCGAGGCCGCCACGAGGAUCUCCCACCAGGCCAUUCAGAUCCUGGGCGGCAUGGGCUACGUGUCGGAGAUGCCAGCUGAGCGCCAUUACCGGGAUGCCCGCAUCACAGAGAUCUACGAGGGCACCAGUGAGAUCCAGCGACUGGUGAUCGCUGGUCACCUGCUGAAGAGUUACAGGAGCUGAGUGGGCUGGGGAUGGGAUUGGAGGUUGGGGCCUGGGUGGGGCUGCUAGGGCACCCCGCCCCCCCACCAGCCUCCACCCAUUGCCUUGGGGUGGGUGGGCUUUCUCACUUAAGAAGGUCUGAGGGCCUGCUGCUGGGUCUGGCCUGGCCCUUGGGGAAGAAAAGAGCUUGGGCCUGGAAUGUUGAUCCACUGCCUUGGUCUCCUUAUCCCAAAUUUGCCCAGCUGCCGUGAUCAGUCUCCACACAUGGCAAACCUCAGGGAAGAAUGUGGCUGCUCCUGGCCACCACUUCUACUCAAGCCCAUAGUGCCUCAGUUUCCCCAUCUGUAAGAAAUAUUGCAUCCAACUCAUCCUUUUUUGUGGAAGGGCUGGGCAAGUGCUCAUCUCCUUAUUCUUGUCCUCUUCUUGGUACCUGGGUCCUCUGGGGCCCCAAAGAGCUUGCACUGAUCCCACCAACACUGAGGUUGAGCAGGCUCCAUGGAGCUCCCCUGAUUGGGAGAUGAGCCAGUUCAUCCAUUUGAUCAUCCAACCAAUGGCCGUUGAGUGCCUGUAGGAGCACAGAGCCACUGGGAAGAGAAGGAAGGAAGGAGGGACCAGGGAGGGAGUCCAGCCCCAGGAAGCCUGGGCCAUACCUGGGAAUUCCAGGUUCUUUGGAAAUCAUGGAGGGAGUGGGGCCUGUGUCUUUUCUUUGGAAGCAAACAGCACAAUAAACCUGUCCCUCACCCCGCUGUAGCUUUUAAAAAAAAUUAAAUUGUAUUUCAAACAAA